UUUCAGUAUCAUCGAGAAGGAAGGCAACUUUUGGCAACUAUGAAAUCAUCGUUAUAAAUAUCGAUACCUCAUCGAUAUUUCUCGAUCUCUAACAAAUAAAUCAUAAUUUGUGAAGUGAUAAAAAUAAACAAAGAAAAAUGUCUCAGCCCAAUGGAGAAAAAACCUCUCAGCCAAGUGCGCCGCAUUACGAUUUUCAGUAUGACACGAAUUCUAUGAGAGCACCACCACCAACAUAUGAACAAAGUCAACAGCAACCAAUGAAUUACGCACUGCCGCCGGCUCAAGCACCCCAAUUCUACCACCAACCUCAACCACAAAUGCCCAGCAAUCAAUAUUAUGGAAUGAUGCAUCAUCAACAAUUGCCACAAAUGAUGCAUCAUCCUGGUCUCGGUUAUGGUUAUGGACCCAGCACAUCAACAGGUGCACCACGAGUGUUGCAAAUGGAUUCACGUGCAGAGCUGCGCACCACAGCAGCAGGAGCAGUUGUUGUGCCACCGCCGCCUCCUGGUUGCUUGCCAACUCCAGCUCAGUUGGCUGCGAUGCAGGGACAACAGGUUGUGGUGCAGCAGAAGAAGCGUUCUUUCUUCUAG